UACAAACUUCAAUCUGGAUAUAUAAUAUCGACAAGAAGAGUGUGUUUAGUCGAGCUGUAACAGGGUACGACCACGGACGUAUGUAGGAUCGCUUUGUGGACGUGUUGUGUUAUAAGAAAGUUUGAAGUUGCAAGGAUUAGCUUAAACAGGAGCAGUCAACUGUACAUCCGACUGGUUGCCCUUCAGGUCCGAAGUUUGUUUCGGUGCUGACAAGUGUGGGCUCGAGACCUGAGUGACAGUUUACACUGAGCCCUGCUGUCUUGGCCUCACACUCCAGUAUGUCUAUCCUGUACGUCACAUUAAUUGGCUUUACAUCGCUGCUGGUGCACGUUACAUCCACCCCUAUCAUCAAGGCCCCUUGGGGGAGCAUCCAGGGAGUAGAGGUACAAGGUCGUGGCGGCAAAAAGAUGAGCGGGUACCUGGGUAUUCCGUUUGCCGUGCCCCCUACAGGCAAACUCCGUUGGCAGAAACCACAGCUUCACCCCGGGCCAGGAGACGGGAAGGUGUUUAUGGCCACAACCCUGCUACCGGCCUGUCCCCAGGAACUGCCAGGCGUCGGGGUGUACAACGGUAUAAGCGAGGACUGCCUGACCCUCAACGUCUUUGUACCUAUCGGUGGUGACGUCACGUCCGGUGCUCUCAAGCCCGUCAUGGUGUGGAUUCACGGAGGCGGAUUUAGUAUGGGAGAUGCUCCUACCUUCAGACCAACCAAGCUGGUGGCGGACAAUGACGUCAUCGUGGUGACCAUCCAGUACCGCCUGGGCGUGUUUGGCUUUCUCUCCACGGGUGACGCCACAGCGCCGGGCAACUACGGGCUGUGGGAUCAGCGCCUGGCCUUAGUGUGGGUGAAGGAAAACAUCCGGGCCUUUGGCGGCGACCCUGACCUGGUGACCAUCUUUGGGGAGUCGGCGGGUGGCAUGAGCGUAGGUUUCCACGUCAUCAGUCCAGUCUCCACCGGCCUGUUUAAGAGGGCUAUCGCGCAGAGUGGCAGUCCAUAUUUACUGAGUUGCUUUGCAGACAAAGCCGCCAUGGACUUCCGGAACCUAGCCGUCGCCGUAGGCUGCGUCUCCGAGGCCGAAGUCGCGAGGACGAGCUCCUCUGAGCUGCUGGAUUGUCUGAAGGGCGUGGCCAGCGACGAACUGAUCAACAAGACACUAGCCAUGUCAAGGGAGACGAUGUUCGCUUUACCCUUCUCCGUGCGUGCUGACGGUGAGUUUCUGGCGGAUACACCUGGCAGGCUGAUAGAGGACGAGGGUCGCAUGGCGUUAGCAGGGGCUGGGGAGGUGGACAUUCUGAUGGGUUUCAAUAACAAAGAGGGGUCGCUGCUGCUGUUACUGACCCACCUGUUCUCCGGCUUAACGGUGGAGGGCUUGCAGAGCACCGCAUUCUUUAGAGGAUUCCUUCAGCUGUCCACCAGCUGUAUCAACAACGGUCAGCCCAGCGUACUAGCUGCCAAGGCCUUGGAGUUUUUUUAUCGGGAGUUUGACGCCUUCACGGAAAAGCCUGUGUCGCUGGAGCGUUUCAUGGAGCUGUACGCCGACACCAUGUUCACGGUCCACGCCGUGCGCUGGAUUCGACAGCUGGUCACACAGCCACACACCGCCCGGCGCUACUUGUACUUCUUUGACCACGACCUCAGCUUCAACCAGGGCGGUCCGGCUCCCGGCAUGCACCACGGAGACGACGUGCUGUUUGAGUUCGAGCCCAUUUCCGAGUCCUUCGCGCUAGUGGGCAAGACGGGGCCUUUCACACCAGAGGAAGAAAAGCUGUCGUCCGAUUUCCUGGCCCUUUUGACUGAUUUCGCCAGAACAGGUAAUCCAAGUGCCUCUCUCGGCGUAAGACUGGGCGGCGACUUCUCGGAGUAUACGCUAGAAGACGAGGCGUACAUCUCGGUCUCCACCAACAUCAGCGUCCAGCAUCAUGUGAUGCGCAAGCGCGUGGCUGUAUGGCUGCAGCUUUUGCCAGAACUUCUGGCCGCCAGUUCGCCACCUGCCCAGCAACGGUCGACUGCGACAGAUCAAGUGAAAGACGAAUUUUAACACUAAAACAAACGCACGCGCGCGCGCACACACACACAUAUAGUCACUAUAUGUGCGUAGACAUAUACAAGUCCACAGCCUCUCAAAACUCAUGGGAAGAAAGUUGGGCCCUCGUGGGUUUUGGAAGAUGGGCCCUCUCAGGUACCCCUGCUGGGAAUUCCCACGAGUUCCCAUUUUUUUUCCCCACGAAAUCCCCACCAACCUUACCACGAGAGCCCCACAGCAAACCCACCAAUCGCCCAUGAUCAUUUGUCGUUUGCCACAAAACCCCCAUCAACCUCCCCCGCCCCCGCUCGCUGUAUCCCUCACCCUAUCUCACACUUUUACUCACACUGGCACACCAUGAAGAAAACAUUCAACAGCUUUUCAAAAUCUCUUUGUUUUCUCACAACGUACAAAUAGUAGGCAAGAGAUAUGAUAAAACAAUUUUAUUAUUUACAACAAAAUCUAUUUUAACAGUUUACAUUAUCUAAAGCAUUAAAGUUCAUUGUUUUUGAACAUGCAACAAGCAUUCAUCCAAUUAUUUACAUAAAAUUACAGUCAAUAAUCUUUUACCACAUGAUGAAACUUAUUUUUGAGAUAAUUAUUUAUAGCAAAGUCAAACAAUUUAUUCCCAUUAACAGGGCUUCUGCUAAGGCUAAAUUCUUUGGGGUCCCAGGGACCCCUUCUUCA